UUCAUGGACUGCCAACUGUCUUUGGAUUCCAUUUUUCUCAUCAACUGUAGAUAGAAUCGAACCUCGCACUGCAAUGUUCCAAGCCCGACUGACACACCAGCUUAUUUUAUUAUUCCACCCUCUAAACUUAGUCCAUUUGUGUCUCUUUUCGAUAAUACCAAUAAUAACCGCGUCAAUAAUUCAAUCCUUAUAAUUUAUUCUGUCUUCCCUUAUUUGAACAAUGCAGUAUAAUAAUUUAAAUAAUCGGUGCAAUUUCAAAAAUUGCUCUGUAUGAAUAAUAAACUGUGCAAUUAACCGGCGAUAGUUUACCGCAAACAUAGCUUCUAGGGUAAGAGGCUUAUAAAAUCCUUUAUUGUCUUAACAUGAACUUAUAAGCCGUAGAAGUAAACUUACUCAGAUAAAAUGGAAAUUUUCCAAGAAAAUUUAACUCUUCUUUUCUUCUUGGGCGUUUGGAAACCCUCGGAAUGGAGUCCUGGAUCCGUUAAAUCUUUUUUGUACUCGUUCUACACUAUCUUAAUAAUAUUUUUAUCUUUUAAUUUCCUUAUAACUGAACUAUUGGAUCUAAUUUUAGUGACGAGUAACGUGACUGAGUUUAUAAAUAAUUUUUUUAUGAUAACCGCGAUAUUUUCCGCAUGUGUAAAACUAGUUAUUUUUCUUCUUUACCGCAACAGUUUUAAUGAAAUAAUUUAUACUUUAAAAAAGUACUUGCUUAAUGACAGCAACACAAAAGAAGAAAUGGCUAUUUGGAAGCGCUCCAGCAAUAAAAUUAGAUCCUUGACAAUAUUCUUCUUAUACGCAAACUCUAUCGGAAUGAUAUUUUUCACUUCGGGCUUCGUGGGAAAUAUCAAGAACCGGGAAUUACUUUAUCGAGCCUGGGUACCUUACAAUUACUCGCACCCCGUAAAGUACUCAGCAACUGUGCUGAAUCAAGUUGUCACCGUACUUAUACUGUCAUUUAUGAACAUCGGAUUUGUGCUUCUUUUCUUUGCGAUAAUGAUCAGCAUUUGUGCGCAAUUGAGUAUAUUUAAAUUAAAAUUUCAAAGGCAUUUUUCUUACAAGGAUCAUCCAGAUGAUUGCUACAAGAAUAUUUAUGCUUCAAAGUUACUUGGUGAAAUGGUGGAUAUAUAUCAUUCUAUAACAAGACUAUUUGGAAAAGUUCAUGGCUUAUUCUCUUGGGUAAUAUUGUUUGAAUAUUGUAUGGGAGCUGUUAUUUUUUGCACAAGUGCAUACCAUAUGUCAAAAAUGAAAGUUUUUUCUUUUGAAUUUCUCUCUUGUGCUUCCUAUAUUACAGAGAUAAUGUUGGAUUUAUUUAUUGUUUGUUUUUCUUGCAAUGAAGUCACUCUUGAGUUUCAAAAGCUUCACGGUGCUUUUUACAAUUGUCAUUGGUACAUGUUAAAUAAUAACGAUAAAAAGUCAUUAGGAUUCAUGAUGGUGAACUCAAUGAAACCGAUUUAUUUUACGUGUGGAUAUGUUGUUUAUUUAUCAAUUGAAUCUUUUACAAAAGUAAUUAAAGUGUCAUAUAGUAUAUACAAUGUGUUACAAAGUACCUUAUAAAACAAGAUUCUUAUAAAAUUAAAACAAAUAAA